GAAGCACCGGAUCACAUUCAGCUAGUGAGGAGCUGAGGAAGGUAACGCAACAUGUCGCAAAUUACUCAUGGCAUAUGGCUCGCAUGUAUGGGACUAUAUCUAGCGUAUACAACAGGCAGUGCGAAUGCAAUUGGGUAUACGUACCAGUACGAUCACUACAUAAAGAAUGCACUGAAAAUGGAUGAUGUUGACGGGUACCCUGUUUCUACUUGGGUAGCCUCCGAGAUGGUUAAAUUUCGAAAACUUUGCCGUAAUUGGUGUUCCAACCGUGUUGAUUGUACAAGUGUUGAUUUUGAUGAAGGAAACGGCGACUGUUGGUAUCAACUAGGACCGAUUGACUACGCUGGAAAAUGGGGCGGGAACAAAUGGGACACUGGAGGCGGCAACUACCAUAUGAGAAAAAUAGAAGCAUGUGACAGCAACACGGCACUCACAUUCGACAACUUAGACGACAGUGCCUUUGAAUCAAGUUCUGUACAAGAUAAUAACAUGAUGUCAUUUGGAGCCCAACUGAGCAGACUAAGUUCUUUCACGGGAUGGUUUGCAGACCCAUCACAAAUUGGCUACGCUUGGAUACAAGUCACAUUCCCAGAAAUCAGAAUUGUAGCGUCUGUUACAACCCAAGAGGCACUGACUCCUUGUGAUGACAGCUGUCAGGUUGGAGACUCUCGCGCAAAAUCGGUCAACGUCCUUUACAGGUCAAGCAGGAACGAUGAAUGGACAGCGUACAAGCUUUACGGGUCUUCUGUUCCAGAGAUUUUAAAUACGGACAGUAAUAGUCCUAUCGAGAAAGGAAUCCAGAUACCAUUUAAGGCAAGACAAGUUCGGCUCGUCAUUUUAGAUUCUUCCCACACACCUGCCACCAGAUGGGAUUUAUCAACAUGUGUGGAUACAGACAGGUCGACAACAGCAGCCUAUCAAAAACUUGGAACAGAUUCUAUCGGAUCUUUGGCUCCUCUGAAAAUAGUGAACGUUCGAUCGCUGUUGGAGUGUCACGUUGCGUGUAGAGAGGUCAACUGCAUGGCCUUCAACUAUCAGUAUCAUUCACCGCCAUUACAAAAUAGACACGAGUGCCAACUAUUGAUGACAGCGUCGGGGCCUCUGAUUUCGUCAAAUGGAUAUGUCUACUAUGAGAGAGUGUGAUAUAAACAUUACAUAAAACACUGGACGUUGCUUAAAGGCAGAAUCAGAUCUAUAGUGGUGACAAAAUUACAAGCAACAUGUUUAAUUGACCUACAAAUCUAUUCCUUACAAUCUCAAAUACAAUAUCUCCCAAAUAUUCACGAUAUCGUGUAAUUUGGUGAAGUUAUUAUGGAUUCAAAUUGCAAAAAUGGGUGAAAAA